CUCACCCCAGCCUCAGCUAAGAGAAACCUCACAGAGCUACAGAAUAGCCCAAAAAAACCAGAGCUCGUCUUGUUGUUGUCGCUGUUAACAGAGCUCCUCGAAGAGCGAAGAAGAUGUCGAAGGAAGUGCGCGAGGAAGGACACGCCCCACAUGGGAAGGACUACGUGGACCCCCCACCUGCUCCUCUCCUCGACAUGGCCGAGCUCAAGCUCUGGUCCUUCUACAGAGCCCUCAUUGCGGAGUUCAUCGCCACCCUCCUCUUCCUCUAUGUGACCGUCGCCACCGUUAUUGGCCAUAAGAAGCAGACCGGGCCUUGCGACGGCGUCGGUCUACUAGGCAUCGCCUGGGCCUUCGGUGGCAUGAUCUUCGUGCUCGUUUACUGCACUGCUGGCAUCUCUGGUGGGCACAUCAACCCGGCGGUGACAUUCGGACUAUUUUUGGCGAGGAAGGUGAGCUUGAUCAGGGCAGUGUCGUACAUGAUCGCCCAGUGCUUGGGCGCCAUCUGUGGUGUAGGGCUGGUGAAGGCAUUCAUGAAGCCCUUCUACAACUCGCUCGAAGGUGGUACCAACACGGUGAAUGUGGGCUACAGCACCGGCACGGCUCUGGGUGCUGAGAUCAUCGGCACUUUCGUGCUAGUUUACACGGUGUUCUCCGCCACUGACCCAAAGAGGAGCGCUCGUGACUCUCACGUGCCCGUUUUGGCUCCAUUGCCAAUUGGUUUUGCAGUGUUUAUGGUUCAUUUGGCCACCAUCCCCAUCACCGGCACCGGCAUCAACCCGGCUAGGAGCUUUGGUGCUGCCGUCAUCUACAACAACGACAAAGUCUGGGAUGACCAGUGGAUCUUCUGGGUUGGACCAUUUGCGGGGGCACUAGCAGCAGCAGCAUACCACCAGUACAUCCUCAGAGCAGCUGCCAUCAAGGCCCUCGGAUCCUUCCGCAGCAACCCCACCAACUAAAAUCUCUAUUUUUCUUUUUGUUGCACUCUUUUAUCCAAUUUGUUCGUUUGUGUGAAUGAAAGAGAGAACUGUGAUGAUGGAUGGUGAUGGUGGUGACGAUGGGGCCCCCCCCUCUUAAUUUUAUUGAUAUGCUUCGUUAUCUGUGAGUGGGUAA